AGCCUGGCGGGCGGGGGGCGCCGCCGGGAGGGGCAGCGCUCCGGGGAACCAGCCGCCAGCGGGAGCGUGUUGGCCCGGGCGAGGCUGGGCUGUGCGGGCGGCUGGUGAGCGGGUCACGGUGCUGCAGGGAGCGGGGGGACCGGCCUCGCAAGGCUCAUUCCCUGGCAGUGUCUGUCCCUUAGGUCGGGCGAUGUAGCCCGCCCCGUCCCUGGAGCCGCUGCCUGAUAACGGGACUGAAGGGAGCUGUGCUGGAGGCAGGUGACAAAUCUGAGGAACUGCCCUGGCUUAAGGUGUCAAUAGAGGAGGUUUUGGAACAAAUUGAUAAACAGUAAUAAGUCAUCAGGACCAGAUGGUAUUCACCAAAGAGUUCUGAAGAAGCUCAAAUGUGAAAUAGCAGAACUACUGCAGAAAUGUGGGGGGGCUGUGAUUGGAGUUGAGAACGAGAUGAGCCAAUCAUGAAGGACUAUAAGAACAUGGUGUUUUUACAUCCAAAGUAAGCCAUAUAUAAUCUCCAUAUAUGACACCACAGGAUGGACGAGGUGGACUGGGAGUCCGAUAAUGACACUUGUGACACAGGUGAGGAGCAUUCAGAUGGCUCCAGUCAUUCCUCUGAGCGGGUGGGUCACAAAUCUAGCCUCCAGCUGGAGGUAGACUUAGACAACUCUCAACCAUGCAGUCCUGGUUGUAGCCCUGCUGGACCUUCAGGUAGGCAAGAACUCCCUGUAGAAUUGCAGUGUGAAGAUGAGGAAACCUAUGAGACCUACUACCAGAAGCGAGGCGAGACUACAGCUGGGGUUUUUGUCACCUCCAACACCAACUUUGACCUGCAAUGUGAAGAUGAGGAUCUGGAGUUCUACUCCUCUGAGGAACCUCAGGGAGGAUUAAGUGAGGAUGAUGAAAAGAUCAUUCUUGUUGAUGCUUUUGAUGAGGACCUCGAGUCCAUCACUGGAGAAGCUUUGUCUUAUAGGUGCAAGAAGUGUGGUGCCUCUUUCCAGGAUCUGGGUGAAUUACAAGAACACAAACAGAUCCAUCUGACAGAGCAUUCAUACCAAUGUCCCAUCUGUGGCAAAGAGUUCUUCCGUGCUGCGAACUUGCGAAUGCACAAGCUCAUUCAUUCAAGUGACAGACCACACAAGUGUCCAGAGUGUGACAAGGGGUUCAUCCGCACGGCUGAUGUCUGGAGGCACCUACGCAAUGUGCACAAGAUUGAGCGCUCCAAGGUAGUUUUGGGAAAUGGCAUGGUUAGGAACCCAUGGUCAACAUUGCACCAAAACAAGCAUGGCAAUGGGGACACUGACCAGCAGUGUUCAGAAAAUCAAAAGCCUGGGGAAGAAGAGUCUAAACCUUGCAUCUGUCCAAUGUGUGGCAAAGGUUUCCGUAAACCUAAUCUGCUGUCGAAACACAAGGUGAUCCAUCGACAGGACAAACCAUAUAAAUGUCAAGAAUGUGGUAUGGCCUUUGUCCAACUACUGAGGUUGAAAAGGCACCAACAGACUCACUCUGGAGAGCGCCCUUUUUAUUGUGAGGAGUGUGGAGGCACCUUCACACGACUGGCAUCACUACAGCGCCAUCAGCGGAUCCAUACUGGAGAAAAACCCUACUCUUGCGCUUACUGUGGUCAUUCCUUCACAGAGUCAGGCACUCUAAGGAGGCAUGAGCGCACACAUAAAGUGGACAAAUCUUAGUGUUUAGGGCUCUAUGAUUGUGGUCACCAUUUUUUGCCGGUUACUAGAAUUAGAACUGUUCAGUUAUGCUAGAGAAACUGCUCCACCCCCCCCACCCACCCUCCACAUGCACGAAAACUGGUCCACCACUCCCUUCCUGAAGGAGGGCCAGUAUAAGUCUAUUAUGAAGUCAUUGCUUCGUAAGGAACUCCGUGAUCCCUGCAAGUAGUCAGUGCUGACUGGCCUGGCACCUGUCCUCUGGAGUUACAAAAAAAGCACCAUUUCCAUUAAAUAAUGAGGUCAGAGAAGUCAAAGGACAUAUAUGGAAGUGAAGCUCCUACAAGGUACUGAGCAUUGUCAUAACUAGUUGGACUUUUUUUGGGGUGCAUUAAGUUGAGUUUUUCUCUAGGUCUGAUGGGUUAAAUGGAGCCCUACUGCAGUCCUGGACUCCGAACCGAUUGUGACUGCUCUUCAGCACUGGAUUUGGAGAUCUGUCAUUGCAGCCUUUGCGAGGACUGCACAGUCCAUUUAAUCAGAGCUGGCCCAUCCAUACCUUCUCUCUGUUUAUUCUGUCAUGUUUUUAUUGAAAUAUGUUUAUUUGGGAGAGAAGUAUAAUGUUGGCUAUAAAAAUCCAGGACCCUAAUAAAUUCGAUAAUU